AUGGACUUGCAAAGGCCAUACAAGGAUCCAGGAAUGGAACUUCGGGCUGACGCCAGUGGUCUGGAAUCUGCUCAGUCUCCGGCGGAAGAAACCAAGCGUUCACAACGGCAUGCCAAUGUCUACGAUGCCGUCGCGGGUCGAAUCACGUUCGAGAGCAAGUUGGGUGCCGCUGCCAGGGGUGAGAGGCCGCCCAAUGCCAGCCUCAAACCACCCAAGCUGAGCAGACACCCUAUCAACGCUUCUGCCCUGGCCCCAGAAGAGGUUUUGUUUCGCCGUAAGGCCGCGCCCGAGCGCUUUGCCGAGUUCGAUGUCUACAUGUCACACGAACGGCGCCUACUGGAUUCCGGUCGUGCACCGUUGCCAGACUCUGACCUACUCAAGUCUGUCCAUUUCUAUGCCAGCCAUUUCUAUUCUACCCUGGGUGGCCCCAAGCGCAACCCCUCGUACCAAGUCGGCGCUCGAAAUAUUGACGAGAGGAGCAUGGACGAAUCGGCUCUGCUGGCCAUUGGUAUUCUUCUGGAGGAAGCUGGCAAAGAUGUACUGGGACGCAAGGGAGACAUGGUAUUUACCGAGGGUUUAGAAAUGACCUCCGAGGCCGACCCCAAAUCAGCAUCACGCACUACCGUCAAUCCGCCGAGCCCGCCCCCAACUGACUACUCGAGCCGGCACCCACCAGCUAUCAGCUUCGUGGACCUUGGGUCUUGGAAAAGAGCACCCAAGCGACGGAAAUUGACCGAUUUUGAAGACGCAUAG